AUGUCCAAAAAUCAACAACAAAAAUUUCUGUCGAAAAAAAAUGAAAAACCCGAGGAUGCUUUUUCAAUAAUAAGUUUUACAGGGGAAGAUUCUCAGUCGGUUUGUUACAUAGCGAUAAGUCCAGAUGGUCAACAAAUUGUUACUUUUAAUCCAGAGAGUUGUGAAUUUACGUUAUAUGAUAUUGGGGAUUUUAAUAAACCUACUGUUAAGUUCCUAAGUGAAGAGAUAGUUCAUGAUAAACGAUAUUGUUAUUCUUUAGCAAUAUCUAAUUGCGUAGAUCAUGAUGGUGAACGUUUUAUUGCUUUAUCUUGUUUUGGUGCAAGUGAAAUGCUUUACGAUCAAAACGAAAAUACUAAUAAAAUAUAUGAUGAGAAAGACGAAAAUAACUUGAUGGAAGUAGGUGAAAAUGUUAAUCUUCUUGAAAUUAAAUCUCACACGUGGGUUAUUUCUACUACACAUAAAAAUGAAAUACAUACUUCUCUAGAAUCAAUUGGUGGUGUUAUAAGAUUUCUUGAUAGUGAUGUUAAAAUAUUGGAAUCUCAACCAUUAAUAGAUAAAACAGUAAUAAUAAUAGUUAAUGCAUCAGGAAUCUACAAACAAACCUUAAAUAGUAAUAGAAUUAUGAUGAAACAAGAAUUUCAAAAACUAAAUCGAUUUUUAAAGUCAUCAUCUACCAAUAUUGAACAAUUCGAAUUACCUCAACAACUUUCAAUUAGUCUUUCACGUUUAGAUCAUGGGAAAAAUGCGUUAGAACUCUUACACACGAGUAUUAUUAAAAAUCAUUUUAUGGUACAUUCAUUUAAAAAUCAACAACAAAUUAUUGAAAUGUAUAGUUUAAUAACUGGUGAUCUAGAGAUGUUAUUUAAACGUCAUGAAUCUUCAGCAGCUCCCAACGUAAUUCGUGGUUCUUCAAUCUUUUCCAUCUCUCAGAAUGAAGGAAUUUUAGCAUUUUGUCGGGGUACCAUCGGCAUUACAUUAUUCUUGAUGGAAAAUGGGUUAGAAAUUACUACCAAACAAUUAGUAGGUGAUAGAGGAAGAACUUAUAAAAUUGUAGCUAUAGAAUUUAUUGAUAAUGAUAGUAAACUUUUAAUAGUUCUUGAGGAAGAAAUCGAAAAUUCAUCAGGUGAAAUUUCUAUACAACAAAAAUUUAUAGUAUGGGAUUUAUUUACCACAUUUAAAGAUUCCAUACGUCAAAUUGAUUAUUCCGAAUCUCAGGAACCUCUAAAAAUGGAUGCUACACAUCGAUUGAUUAAUUCUCAUGGAAAUAUGUUAGUGGUUACGGAUAGUGGAAAAAUUAUUUCAAUAUUAGAUCAUGAAGAUGUGAAUUUAAUUAGAAAUCCUCCAUCGAAGAAAAUGACUGAAAUUGAGAUUUUCAAAGAGAACGAGGACGUCUAUCAUGCAAUUUAUGAUAUAAAUGGGAAAAUAUCUGAUGAUGAAUCAAAGGAUUUAAUUAUACAAAAUGUUGAACCGUGGCAGCCGAAACAUUAUUUUCGAUCAUCAGUUUGGCUGGAUUCUACAAAAAGAACUCAACUUAUUAUUUCUCGUAAUACUGUACAAAUAUGGAAAUAUCGGGCAUGUCGAUCACUUUAUGUAUUAGGAGAGAAGAAACAGGAUGUUUCAGGUCCUAAGAAUAUUAAUCGAAUUGAUUAUUUAAUUGAAUGUACACAAAGAUUAGUACGAAAAUAUAUUACAAAAUAUGGAAUAUUUAGAUUAACAGAUAUUCGAUAUUCAAUUAUGAAAUAUCUUAUCAAAGGUUAUCAAGAGAAUUUAAUCAAACAAAUUUUAAAUAAGAAGAUUAAUGGAAAGAAUAAUUUAGAUAAUGCCAUUUUAUGUACUCGACAUGGAGUUGAUUUUACAGCAAUUUUAAAAUAUUUAAUAGAUUAUUAUGCGGAUAAUGCCAAAGAAUAUAAUAAUGAUGGUUGGAUGUUCACUGUAACCAAAGCAAUACCUUUACUAUAUGAUUAUCAAUUAAAUGGAUUCGUUCUAAAUUUAUUCAAGAAACCGUGUUUCGGAGCUACCGAAGCUUACACUCCACCAUUAUACAUUAGUCAUCGUGAUCAAAAGAAAGGAAAUAAAGUAGCUAAGAUACAUGCUUUAAUAUUAAAACCGCGUCUUGCAUCAAAGCACAGUGUUACACCAUUAGAAAAGUUAAGAUUUUCUAAAAGGAUUAAAGAAAUUAUUCCACUAGAAGAACAUCAACAAAUCAUUACUUCAUAUAAUGAUCGUAAAGUUUAUAAAGUCCCUUUACCUGAUUUUACGGUAUAUCCCGAAGUUCUUAAAGAUCACGAAGAAGGUUAUUUAUGGCUUCUAUUUACACUUUUUCGAAUAUUUUGGUUGCCACGUAAAAAUGUUGUUCCUGAUAAAAAAGAGAGUCCUUUCAUUCGAAUUAUUCGUGAAGAGGAAAGUACUGAAAUCUAUCAAACACCUGCAAUUAUGGCGGUCUCGGCUUUUAAGUGGUCAUCUGCCCGUCGACAUUAUAUUCGUCAUAUCAUUUUGUAUGUAAUAUUUGCUAUCACAUAUACUAUAACAGUUAUUUCAUAUUCAUUCACGGGAGAACCAACAGAAUUAUUUAAAUCAGAUUCUGCAGCUGUAAUAAAAAGUAUUUCCCUCUUUUUUUAUGGUUAUACUGGAUGGUAUUUAAUUGCUACAGAGAUUGUGCAAUUAAAAAGAGCAGGAUGGUAUAAAUAUAUUAGUAUUUAUAGUUUUUUUGAUAUAGCAUCCGUUUUAUUACCAUUUGCAGUUAGUAUGGCGAGUAUUUUAAAUGAUUUCGAUGUAAUUAAUUUGAAAUAUUCUGUAUAUAAUACUGUAUUGGCAUUUACAGCUUUAGUUUUGUGGCUUGAAGUUGUAGAUGAAAAAAGUUUACAGCGUCCUACUUAUCAAAUAAAUGAUACUUCAGGCUUAUAUCCAAAUAUAUCAGUUACUCAGGUUAUUGAUCAAUCUAGCUAUCUUGAUAAUUACUAUUCACAUAUCCUCUCAUCCUUAUCAGCUGUAUACUUUUGGACCAAUGGACGAUGGGAUCAAUUAGACCAAUGGGAUAGUUAUUCUAUAAUUAUAAUGAGUAUGCUAGGAAGUAUAAUAUUAGUGUUAAUUUUUCAAAAUAUGUUGAUUGCAUUUAUGAAUGGUGCAUUUGAAAGUUCAAAUAUAGCAGGUCGAGCAGCAGUUCAUAAAUAUCGUGCUGAACUUAUCGCUGAAUAUGAUAUUUUAGAAAAACCUUUUGGUAAUAGAAAAGGGAAUCCUAGAUACAUUUAUUAUAUCCCUAAUCCUGAUCUGAUUGAUGAUUGGCUCGAGGGUACUAAAAAGGAUAAUGGGAAACAAAGAUCACAUAAUUCGUCUCAUUUGAAUAAAGAUAAACGUGUUAGUCGUGUUAGUUCAGAUAAUAAGGAUACUUCUGAACCUGAUGAAGUUGAUGAAAUUAGAUUUACUGAUGAAGAAAUUAAAUCAUGA